UAGGCACGCCAGAACACAUUUUCUAAUUGUGAAUAGUGAACUCCGUAACAGUUCUUCGACAGCUUUUCCAUGUCUUCCCAUUGUGAUUACUUACAUUUGAACACAAAUGUGCUGUUUCAGGGAUCCUUAUCAUUUGCGGAUGUGACUGUGGGCUUUACCCAGGAGGAGUGGCAGCACCUGGACCCUGCUCAGAGGACCCUGUACAGGGAGGUGAUGCUGGAGAACUAUAGCCACCUUGUCUCAGUGGAAGUCUGCAAAGUUGAUAGCCAAGCAGAAGAGACUCAAGAAACCCAGGACAGAUGUUUCUGGCAAGCUCCAUUUAUCAACAACAAAACACUGACUGUGCACAGAGCUCACUGACCUUUCUCAACCUUCACAGAAUUGAAGAGAGGUAGGACCUUGCUCUGGAGUAGUCUUUGGCUUAAGGGAAUGUGGCUGGUUUGACCUUCUAUCCAGAUCACACAGACUUUCUCUGGAUCAGCAAUAGGGCUGUUUUGCUUGCUUAACAUCUGUGUGUCCACUGAAGUAGUACUUCUAAUUUCAUUCCAGAACUUUUCUUUUGCAUUCAUGACUUGGCUGAGUGUCAGAGGAGGCCUAACUUUUGGCCUGUUUUGGCCUCUGAUGUGCCCUUUUCACUCAAUGAAUCAUUUCUAGCUUUUGAUUUAAUUUAAGAGACAUGUUGACUUUUUGUUUAAUACCUAGAGGACAUUGUAGGGUACAAACUGGCCUAAUUCCAGCAUUGUUGUGUCUCAAGGAAUAGAGAGGCUCUUGGAGAGAGAGAGAUGGGGGAAUGGCUGUUUGGUAGAACAGUCAU